CGGAGCUCCAUGGGGACCUAGUGCUAUUUUUAGAGCAUGCGUUGCGGGCGACUCGCAUGGACCCUGCGGGCGACCAGGUGCCCGCGGGCACCGUGUUGGCUACCUCUGAUUUAGAGUCAAAUAGACCAUAAAGUGGGCUUGGGAGUUGUCCGUGUUUUCAUCCUCAGAGUGUAGAUAUGUCUGCUGCCAGCUGUCUGCUGACUGAAGAUCAGUUUCUGUGCUCCAUCUGUCUGGAUGUGUUCACUGAUCCAGUCGCCAUACCAUGUGGACACAACUUCUGUAAAAUCUGUAUCACUCAACACUGGGAUAUUCAUGUCCAGUCUCAGUGUCCAAACUGUAAAAAGCUUUUCUACACAAGACCUGAGCUGCAGGUCAAUACUUUCAUCUCUUUGAUGGCUGCUCAGUUCAGACAGUCAGCUCAACAGAAAGCCAGCAGCAGCAGCUCAGAGCAACAAGCUGCCAAACCAGGAGAAGUUCCCUGUGACGUCUGCACUGGAACCAAACUGAAGGCCCUGAAGUCCUGCCUGGUGUGUCUGGAAUCCUACUGUGAGACUCCCCUGGAGCCUCAUCUGACAAGAUCAGGUCUGAAAAGACAUCAGCUGAUCGACCCUGUGGAGAACCUGGAAGGCAGGAUGUGUACGAAGCACGAUAAACUGCUGGAGCUGUUCUGUAAGACCGACCAGAUGUGUGUCUGCAUGCUCUGCACUGUUUUAGACCACAAGACCCAUGAUGUUGUUCCUCUGAAAGAAGAAUAUGAAGGAAAGAAGGCCGAGCUGGGGAAGACUGAGGCUGAAAUUCAGCAGAUGAUCCAGAAGAGACGACUGAAGAUUCAGGAGAUCAAACACUCAGAGGUGCUCAGGAAGGAAGAUGCAGACAAAGAGAUGGCAGAUGGUGUUCAGGUCUUCACCGCUCUGAAGGAGUCUGUUGAGAGAAGCCAGGCCAAGCUCAUCAACACGAUCAAAGAGAAGCAGAGAAAGACAGAGAAACAGGCUGAAGGCUUCAUCAAAGAGCUGGAACAGGAAAUCUCUGAGCUGAAGAAGAGAAGCACUGAGGUGGAGCAGCUCUCAUGCUCUGAAGACCACCUCCACCUCCCCUAGAGCUUCAGGACCCUGAACGCUGCUCCACCCACCAAAGACUGGACAGAAGUCAGAGUCAGUCCACCUUCAUAUGAGGGGACUGUGAGGAGAGCUGUGAAUCAGCUGGAAGAGAUGCUCAGUAAACAGAUGAAGAAGCUGCUCACUGAGGCCGAGCUGAAGAGGGUCCAGCAGUCUGCAGUGGAUGUAACACUUAAUCCUGAUCCAGCACAUCUUUAUCUCAUCCUGUCUCAUGACGGAAAACAAGUUAAACAUGUUGAUAAAGGUCCCUCUCUGGCCGACGGACUCGGUGCCAAGGGCAACCCCUCUUGGUGCAUCGGAAGGAGACUUUUUGCCAAAUCGGUCAAACAUCCCAAGGGCACCCGCUCUCUGGCCGACAGCCUCGGUGCCAAGGACACCCGCUCUCUGGCCGACAGCCUCGGUGCCAAGGACACCCGCUCUCUGGCCGACAGCCUCGGUGCCAAGGRCACCCGCUCUCUGGCCGACAGCCUCGGUGCCAAGGGCACCCGCUCUCUGGCCGACAGCCUCGGUGCCAAGGGCACCCGCUCUCUGGCCACUUUUUAAUGAUAAAAAAAUUGAAUAAUAAUAAUACUAAGCUCCCUAACUAGCCACAAAAACAGGAGAUAACAGGAAUUACAAAAUAAAUGGCAGUGAACCCCUAGACAGCUUCCUCAAAGUGAAACAACAUAGUUCUAUAGUCAGGAACAAUCAAAGCCCCAGGUAUGGCAGUACCAAUGCUCUCGGCACCAGCAGCGAACCAACAGCUCCACAGGCCAAGAAAAAACAAAAGAGGGAAAACACUGGAUCUCGGGGUUGAUAUUCAGCUCCACUGAUGAACUGCGGACUCUCAGGUGUGGGUGCUUCAGCAUCACAAAGGGGCGUGGCAGACCUGAAACACAAACACAGCUUUCUUCUAAAAAGAGGCAUAUUUAAGUCAGUCAUAGUUAUCUCCUGUUUUUGUGUACAUAAUGGGAACAACUUCUUGGUUCACAGUACCACCAUUUUCAUCCUUUCCCUCUUCUUUUAACAUAGGCCGUGAAACCCAUCUUCGCAUCAAGAUCCCCUCUUCUGCAUAGAAUGACUGUACCAUUUUCUCAUAUGCUACCUCCGUCACUCCCUCAAAACAUUUAGCGAGACUAGCAUCAGUUUUUUGAGCUUCAAUCAGGGACUCACGUGUCACAGGCAAUGCUGACAAAAUCACUGUGGGAGUGGAUAGGUCCAUGUCAGGAGGUGUAAAAUCCGACGAUCAAAGGGGGGCAGCUUGUCUUCUGCAAAGACAUGUGCAAGUAUGGAGUCGGGCCAGGUUGGUUUCCUCUUCCUGUUUACGAGCCUGGGAUCAGGUGAGGACACUGACAGAAAACACGUCAGGAUGACUUCAACACUUCAUCCUUAUCUGGACUAGUAACAGGGAUAUUCACAACUUCAGGACUAGGCAGUACCAUAUCUCCAGCUAUAUCAUUUCCCAUGAUGAACUCAAACCCUUGUAUAGGAAAUGAGUAGGGUGCAGCAACAUCAAAGACCCCAAAGAUUAGCUUUGACUGGACAUGCACACGAUGAAGUGGGGCGGGUACGUAACCCAUCUCAAUGCCCCGUACUAUUGCACUAGCUCCACAGGAGGUCUCAGUGCUGAGAGGCAGAAGAUCAGCGAGAAUGAAGGACUGCGACCCACCAGUGUCUCAGUAUCCUCACUGGCCUUCCACAACUCCUGUCACCGUUUUGAUUAAACCAAUACGCUUGGCUUGCAUCACUUGUAGAGGCUGAUAUUUGCGCUCGAGAGUCAGACACUCAGCGAUAACAUGACCAGUUUGACAGUAGGAACACCACUUGUCUGAUGUUGAAUUUGCAGGGGCCCCUUUUGAUCGUUGGGAGUGCGAGUCAGCAUUUCUUAUGAUUGUCUCAUGUGUCAAGUAGGUUUGAGAUCCCAGAAGAGCUGCCUGAAAGUUUUUGGAAGUUCUGGAUGCCAAAUCAAGAACCUUACAUUUCAUUGUAAGAGUAUAUUUUUAUUGAAGCUUCUGAGAGCAGAUCAAGAUAAAAAAAAAUAAAUCACUGUCCAAAGAUCUUUAGUUUCAGAGUAAGCUUUGACAGACAGAAUUGAUACCGAGCACAUAGUGACAUUAAAUGUACAAAAGAAAUGGAAAUAAACUGCAGAAUAUAUUUAAUAUCAAUUCUCUCUAAAAACCUGCACUGCCACGAUUGACCUUAAUCAUUUGCCCAGAGUAGGACUUCCUGUCUGAGCAGAGCUCUUGUUUUUAUACAGCCAAGAGGUGAUCAAAGAGAAGCAGAGAAAGAAAUGGGCUUAAGGCUUCAAAGAGCUGGAACAGGGAAUCUCUGAACUGAAGAGAAACACUAGGUGGUGCGUGCAGCUCUCAUGCUCCAAAGACCACCUCCAGAGCUUCAGGACCAUCAUGCUGCUCCACCCACCAAGGACGGGACAGGAGUCAGUCCACCUUCAUAUAAGGCGAGAGCUGUGAAUCAUGCAACUGUAAGAGGUGUAUGAACUGCAAUAUCAACUGAUUUAGAAGCCAAUUGGUACAGACAGAUAAUAGACAGUCAAACUUCCAGUGAAAAGUGUUGGUUCUCACCACAACAUGUCUGGAUUGAAUUUUAAAGUCAUUUCCUUUGUUACUUUUUGUCCUACAAUGUACAUGCGUUUGGUCAUGCCAUAUACUUUCCUCUCUGAAGACCAUUUUGAUUGAAUAAAGUCAACAAAUCCUUGACAGAAAAAAAAAAAAAAACAACUUCAUUCCAUCCGCAAGAACUUUCAAUUAAAAACCGAUGUGAUGGUUGAACUUCACAUUAACCACACAGAUCUAUUAAGUUACUGGUUCAGAACACCGUUUUCCUGGAUAAUUGUAGCAUUAGUCAAGUCAGUCUAGAAGCUGGGAUCCCCUGAACGGGCUAAUGCUAUGCUCGGGUCAUAUGGCUGGAGGACAAAAAGGGACUGCAGAGUUGGUUAAAAUAAGGAUCGGUGACGAUGACUGACUUUGGCUGAUGUGAGGCCUCUAUGCAUGUGGAGUUUUUGGAAUUUGUUUAAUUUAAACUGCAAAAGUCAGACAGAGCUUUCAGAUAAAUUAGUUGACCCAUUGAAACAUUUGGAAAUUCAGUUGUACUUUCAAUCAACCGCUUUGUUCUAGUGUUUCUUCUGAUUGAGAACAAACUACACAAACCAUGUCUCACAGUAUUAAGAGCUUUAAUCACAUUAAAAGUUAUUUUCUCUUCACUGUAGAGGUCUCUCCUUCACUGUGAUUGGUCCAACAGCUGUUUCCUGUUCCCACUGAGCUCCUGCAGCAACAAAACAAAAAAAACAGUUUAUAAGAUAUUACAGCUACCCUGGACUGGAUUAAAUUCAAGGGUUCAUUAAAAUGUUACCAAUAAAGGGAUAUCUUGUGGAUCAUCUAGUAAAGUUGAAGGAAAGUUUUCCAUUAUAAAAACAAAAAACUAUAACCCAUCCAACAGUAAUAUAUCUUUACUACAAUGAGAAAAAAAAAACAAAAAAAAACUAAUCAAUAGAACUUUCACAUAAAACUGUAAUUUGAACUUAAUUACACACUCCUAAUUAUCUGAACAUUAAGGUUGAGUAUGUAAUCUUUUAAAUGCUGUUGGUACAGACAUUUGGUAUUUAUAUCAGUACAGUCAGUUCAGGUUGACCCAGCAUGUGCCGAGUACAGUUUUAGUGGAAAUACGGUCCAACUGGUUUUGGAGUCGACCCACUCACCUGUUCCAGUCUCGUGGCGCCCUGUUGCACAGUCUGAGUCACAGCAGCUACAGACUUGAUGGCUGCCACUGGCCUCCCUCCACCUGUCAACAAAAGCUCUGCCUCUUACAAUCGUUUGGAGAAAAGGUUUAAAAAUUCUUUCAUGUCUGUUAACUUCAGAUUUUUAUCACAUUUUAGUGAUACUGCAUGAUGUUCAGUGCACAAAAAGUUACAUUAUAGUUAUGAUUUCUGAGAUGACAAGAAGUCUGUCUAUCACCGAUUUCAGAUAUAUAUAUUUAUCAAAUAAAGUUCUUCAGUAUUUCAGCACAGAAACACUAUCAAGUAUUGGCAGCAGAUGGCAUGAUGGGAGUUGUAUCAGUGGCGUCUCACCUGUUGGCGAAUGAACAGGCCUUGGUUGUGGCAUCAACAGCUCCAGCAGCUGCGGUGGCUUUCACACUGCAGGUGAUGUAGAUCUACAGAGACAAAGAAGGUGUUCAUUCAAGUUAGUCGACAUAGAAACCAACGGCUGUCUGGAAGAAAGGAAACUUAAGGUUAGAAAAUCCCAGGUAAAAAUCCUAAUCACGCAGGAGAUUCAGGAAGUGUGCGACGCGUUCGAGUCUCACCACGCCAUUGUCGUCCUGCUGGAACCUGAACGCCUCCACCUGAAACUGCAGUUUGUCGUUUUGGGUCCGAGGCAGGAACCGAGAGCUGGAGCCUGUCAGCUGACUGUCAAAAAGACACCUGAACACAACAAAGAGGACCCUCAAACAACAGACUGACAAAGAUUGAGAAGAAUACGGCGUUUGGGAGAACAUGCUGCGGUAGAGCCAUGCUUGUUAAACUAGGAUUCAACAAGAGUUUUUCAGAGUGGAGGUGGACUUUAAAAAAAAGAAACCACCACCAGUAAAGUAAACUCACCCGUUGUUUCCCAGGAAGACGUAUCUAGGGACUGUGUCGCUAUUCGCGACCACUGUGGCCACGCAGCUGUCCACCGUCACUCUGAGGGGGACGUGAUGAAACUGUUUGACCGACACUUCAAACCUCAUCAUGUCUCCCAUCAAGAACACAGCGGACGGACGAGCGUACUGCCAAUCAUCUG